GAAGGCACUUGCAUAACAUUGUUUGCGUAACCCCAACAAGAUGGCGUCACGACUGAUCCCGAGUGCUGGACAGUAUCUGCGUCUUGCGAGCAGACUGCGGCAACAUGUGCGCACAAAGGCCACAGCACCCAGCCCGGCUGCUACUACUGCUGAGGGGUCGCCUAGUGGUGGGCGGGGCUACUCAUUCGAGCUGACAGAUGAACAGAGAGAGUUCCAGGAGCUGGCCCGCAAGUUUGCACGUGAAGAGAUCAUUCCUGUGGCUGCAGAAUACGACAAAACCGGAGAGUAUCCUGUCCCAGUGCUGAAGAAGGCAUGGGAGCUGGGCCUGAUGAACACCCAUAUUCCUGCAGAAUGUGGUGGCAUGGAUCUGGGGAUCUUCGAUGCCUGCAUGAUCACAGAAGAACUGGCGUACGGCUGUACAGGCAUCCAAACUGCCAUCGAGGCCAACUCUCUUGGGCAAAUGCCAGUGAUCAUUGCAGGAAAUGCAGAACAGAAGAAGAAAUACCUGGGGAGGAUGACUGAAGAGCCUCUGAUGUGUGCCUACGGUGUUACGGAGCCCGGUGCAGGGUCUGACGUCGCCGGUAUCAAGACUAAAGCAGUGAAGAAGGGCGACGAGUACAUCCUGAACGGACAGAAGAUGUGGAUCACCAACGGUGGACACGCCAACUGGUACUUCGUGCUGGCCAGGACCUCGGACGACCCCAAGAUGCCUGCUGGGAAGGCGUUUACUGGCUUUAUCGUGGACAGGGACUGGGAGGGCGUCGUGCCAGGCAGGAAGGAGUGGAACAUGGGCCAGCGGGCGUCAGACACGCGAGGGAUCACGUUUGAGGAUGUGAGGGUGCCGGCUGAGAACGUGCUGGGGGCUGAAGGGGUGGGCUUCAAGAUCGCCAUGGGAGCCUUCGACAAGACAAGACCUCCGGUUGCAGCAGGAGCCACUGGUCUGGCCCAGAGAGCGCUGGACGAAGCCACCAAGUACUCCUUGGAGAGGAAAACUAUGGGGAGGUACAUCGCUGAGCACCAAGCCAUAGGCUUCAUGUUGGCAGAGAUGGCCAUCAUGGUGGAAACCUCGCGUCUGCUGACUCAGCGGUCGGCCUGGGAGAUCGACCAGGGCCGGAGGAACACGUACUACGCCUCCAUCGCCAAGGCCUAUGCCGGCGACGCCGCCAACAAGUGUGCGACAGACGCCGUACAGAUCCACGGUGGGAACGGCUUCAACUCCGACUACCCUGUGGAGAAGCUGAUGAGAGAUGCCAAGAUUUACCAGAUCUACGAGGGCACGGCUCAGAUUCAGCGUCUAAUCAUCUCCAGAGAGCUGCUGGCUAAGGCCAAACAGACACAGUGGUGAAACAGUCCUGGAACUGGGACUUACUCCAACAACACAAUGCACUGAAGACAGGCUCAACUCUACUGUAGUAGAUACGUGUACAUGUAUAAUGCUGUGAAAAUAGAUACAUGUAUGGGCAUUACUAAUAUUACUAGUAAUCAACACUCAGCUGCUUACAUGUACAUUAUAUCCAGCUUAACUGAGAUUUUCCUUGAUGUCUAUGAUAUCUUGCUGCACAUAGCUUAACUACAUUACCUCAUAUUAUAAAGUACAAAUGUAUAUGCUUUGCAUAUUGUGUAUAAACAAUGUAGAGGGUAAAAGGGUGCCUUCUGAAACAUUUUAAGUCCAUUUUUACAUCUCAUCCAAUCUGUUUGCAGUGAAAAUGUAUUUGGUUGAUGUUACUGUGAUCAGGAGAAAGUUAUACACUUACAACAGGACUAGAUUCCUGUGUACAGGGCACUGGUAUCCUACAUGUAUCUUGAUUAUAUGUAUGAAUACAGUAUAAAAAUACCACUUUGUCA